UGGCAAGAAAAUGGGCUUUAAGUUUGCAAUUGAUCGUGGUGGAACAUUCACUGAUGUUUAUGUUGAGUAUCCUGAUAAGACCCAAUUUGUUUACAAGUUGCUUUCUGAAGAUUAUCACUACAAAGAUGCCCCUAGUGAAGCUAUCAGGAGGUUGAUAUCCAAGUUCCACGGUCAAGAGAUACCCUAUCCUAUUGAGACAAAAGACAUUGAUUGGAUCCGAAUGGGAACCACUGUAGCAACAAAUGCUCUACUAGAAAGAAAAGGGGAACCUAUGGCAUUUUGUGUGACAAAAGGUUUUAAAGACCUGCUCCACAUUGGGAAUCAAGCUCGACCCUCUAUCUUUGAUCUGAGUUGCUCGUGUCCGGAGGUGUUGUACAGUCACGUGGUUGAAGUGGUGGAGAGAGUGGUUCCUGUUCAGGACAAGUGCCAACUUUAUCCAGACCACUCCGACAGGAUGAUUGUGGAGAAGCCGCUGGACACAGUUAAACUUACUCGUGAUCUAAAGGAACUGAAAGCAAAGGGGAUUAAAAGCAUCGCAGUUGCUCUGAUGCAUUCAUACUGUUUCGCAGAUCACGAGCUGCAGGUAGAGGAGAUUGCCAAGCAGCUGGGCUUCACCAACAUUUCACUUUCUCACAAAAUAAUGGAGAUGAUAAAGAUAGUCCCCAGAGGACAUACAGCUUGUGCGGACGCGUAUCUAACUCCCCACAUACAAGUUUACCUGUCAGGAUUCAUGAAAAACUUCAAAAACAACCUCAAGGACGUUCCACUGCUGUUCAUGAGAUCUGACGGCGGUCUAACCCGAGCGUCUACCUUCACCGGUAGCCAUGCUAUCCUGUCUGGUCCUGCGGGAGGGGUAGUUGGGUACGCUCAGACUUCCCCCGCUGACACACCCCUCGUAGGGUUUGAUAUGGGGGGCACUUCUACUGAUGUGUCUCGAUAUGCUGGCAAAUACGAGCAUGUGUUUGAAACUACAACUGCAGGUAUCAGCAUCCAAGCACCCCAGCUGGACAUCAACACCGUGGCAGCAGGUGGAGGUUCCUGUAUCACCUUCCGUGCCGGACUCUUUGUAGUCGGCCCUGAGAGUGCUGGAGCUAACCCUGGUCCUACUUGCUACAACAAAGGGGGUCCUCUCACCGUUACAGAUGCUAAUCUUAUCCUGGGUAGAUUGAGACCCGAACAUUUCCCCAAUAUAUUUGGACCAGGAGAGGAUGAGCCACUGAAUGUGAGUGCUACCAAAAGGAAGUUUGAAGUGCUGCGGAGGGAGAUUAGUGGGUAUUUGGAGAAAGAGAUGACGGUUGAGGAGGUAGCUCUGGGUUUUAUAGAUGUGGCUAAUGAGACGAUGUGUAGACCUAUACGGGCCCUUACUCAGGCAAAAGGUCACGACACAUCCCAGCACGCCCUGGCUUGUUUCGGUGGCGCGGGCGGACAACACGCGUGCAGCAUUGCACGAUCCCUCGGCAUGAACACAGUCUACGUGCACAAGUACAGCAGCAUACUGUCCGCGUACGGCAUGGCACUAGCUGACGUGGUACACGAUACACAGAGACACUGUGGGGUGAAGUUCAGUGCGGAGAACUGGGGUAAGGUUGAUGUUAUGAUGGAGAGUUUGAAGGAGGAGUGUCGUGAGAAACUCGGAGAGCAGGGAUUUGACGAACCUAUUCUUGACCCCUACUUACAUUUGAGAUACGAUGGAACCGACUGUGCUCUGAUGUGCCCAGCAUCAUACCCCUCUGCCACCUGUAAAACUGGGGGCUACUUGAAGUCUUUUGAGGAGCGCUACCUCAUCGAGUUUGGGUUCACCCUCAAAAAUAGAGCUAUCAUUGUGGAUAAUGUUCGAGUAAGAGGCAUUGGCAAGAGUGAAAUAAGAUUAGAUGAUAAGCUUGGGGAACGUAAUGAUGUCCGGGAUAAAUCAGUUGAAGUGUUCUUCAAAGGUGGAGCUCAGAAUGCAAGGUUAGUCCAGCUGAAGUCGCUCAACAUGGGAGCUAACAUUGUGGGACCAGCCAUACUUCUGGAUAAAAACAGUACUAUUCUAGUUGAACCAGGCUCCACCGCUACUGUAACGAACUCAGGUGAUAUUAAGAUAGAUGUAGGUGAUGCAGCAGGUCGGGAACUGUCUACUGAGCUAGAUCCGAUACAACUCAGCAUCUUCUCUCACCGCUUCAUGAGCACAGCAGAGCAGAUGGGCCGGGUCCUACAGCGUACUUCCAUCUCUGUGAACAUCAAGGAGCGUCUGGAUUUCUCCUGUGCAAUGUUUGAUGCAGGAGGUGGGUUAGUGGCAAAUGCUCCCCACAUUCCAGUGCACCUGGGUGCUAUGCAGGAGGCGGUAAAGUUCCAGCUGGAAUACCGAGCAGGUGACCUGAAGGAUGGUGAUGUGCUGCUAAGCAACCACCCGUGUGCUGGUGGCUCCCACCUUCCUGACAUGACAGUCAUCACCCCGGUCUUCUACCCUGACUUUAAAGAGCCGGUGUUCUUUGUAGCGUCACGUGGUCACCAUGCGGAUAUUGGUGGUCUGACUCCAGGCUCCAUGCCGCCCAUGUCUCAGACCCUCCAGGAGGAAGGGGCUGCUGUUUACAGUUUCAAGUUGGUUGAAGAUGGCAAGUUUGAUGAAGCGGGGGUGACGGAGAUACUGAUGGAGCCUGGGAAGUAUCCUGGGAAUUCUGGGAGUAGGAAUCUGCCUGAUAAUAUCUCUGAUCUCAAGGCUCAGGUGGCAGCAAAUCACCGAGGCGUGUUACUGAUACAGGAGCUAAUGAGAGAGUACACAGUAGAGGUGGUACAGGCGUACAUGGUACACAUUCAAACAACUGCUGAGAUGUCUGUAAGGGAACUCAUGAAAAAGGUGUCUAAAGAAGCGAUGUCGCGGAGUGGUAAAAGUGUACUGACAGCAUCAGACCAACUGGACGAUGGUAGUCCCAUUACUCUCCGUGUAGAGCUGGAUCCUAAGUGCGGGGGUGCUGUGUUCGACUUCUCCGGUACAAGUCCUCAGGUUAUAGGAAAUCUAAACACACCCAGAGCCAUAACAUUGUCUGCUAUAAUCUACUGUUUGAGGUGCAUGGUGGGCUAUGACAUUCCCCUCAACCAGGGUUGCCUUAUUCCUAUCACCGUGAAAAUACCCAAAGGUAGUGUUCUAGAUCCUCACCCGGGAGCAGCUGUUAUUGGAGGCAAUGUUCUUACUUCUCAGCGUAUUGUAGAUGUUAUCUUCAGCGCUUUCUCCACUUGUGCUGCUUCGCAGGGCUGCAUGAACAACAUAACGUUUGGUAGCGAAGAAGGAGGUUACUAUGAGACUGUAGGAGGGGGUUCAGGGGCAGGACCAGACUGGAGCGGCAGAUCAGGGGUGCACACUCACAUGACCAAUACUCGUAUCACUGACCCUGAAAUCAUUGAGACGAGAUACCCGGUGUUAGUUGACCACUUCUCUCUACGCCACGGAUCAGGAGGAACAGGACUACACCCAGGUGGAGACGGCAUGGUGCGGAGACUGCGCUUCAGACGAGACCUCACCCUGUGUUGUCUGACAGAGAGACGGUCUACUCAGCCGUAUGGUAUGCAGGGUGGUGGUUGUGGAGCUAGGGGCAGGAAUGUGCUAGAGAGGUGUAAUGGUCAGGUUAUUAACUUGGGGGCUAAGUGUGCUGUUCAAGUUGUGCCCGGGGAUGUGUUCCUGUUGGAGACACCAGGGGGUGGAGGAUGGGGUCACCCUGAUAACGGACAGAAACCACGUGGUACCACACGUGACAAUGCACGUGAUACUGCACGUGAGGACAUGCCUGCUAAGCUGAGAAAAGUUGAAGUGAGGGGCAGUGUCGCUCAGUAUACUCGUAAUCAAGAGUCCGCUUGAACACUUGAACAUUAAGUAUUAUUAUUUAUUGAUAUGAUAUAGCAUGAUUUGAUACCUACCUACCAUGGUGCGAAGAAUAAUUUAUAAUAUUCAAACCAUAUCAUUUUCAAUUCGGUUAAUUUAUUCAGCAAUUACGAUACUGACUUAUUAUUAUGCUAAUAUUUAAACCUUCAAGCUUAAAAUUAUUUAUGUCAUCAUUUUUAUAUGUGUUAAAAGUUAGUGUGACUUAAAUUUGAGAAAGUUUUGUUCUUAUGUGUAAAAUAAGUAUCGAAAUCAUUUUUAUCUUGGUUGUGAUCGGUUUUUAGCUGCUUAGCUGAUUUUUUAAAUUAUUGAUUUAAAACAUUUUUGAAUAUUCAUUUAUUGAUUAUUAUAGAUUAUGUAGUAUGUACGUACGGGUUUAUUAAUUUUUUUCCUAAUGAAAAUAGGACUGUUAUUACUUAUUAUAAAUCAUAACUUAUUAAACUUUAUCCGCU